AUGGUCAGCUAUUGUUGUGUUACUCAAUACAUGAACAGUUCUUCAAAUUUCUGAACCCUUGCCAUGUGGAACUCGAAUAUAAGACAAGUUGUGAAUCAAGGGCAUGCCGAAAAAGCCCUUGUUCUUUUCCGCCAGAUGAAGCGAAGUGGCGUUACGCCCAAUAAUUCCACCUUUCCCUUUUUAGCAAAAGCAUGUGCCAUACUUUCCCAUCUCAGGAACUCCCAAAUCAUCCAUGCCCAUGUUGUCAAAUCUUGGUUUCAAUCCAAUACUUUUGUGCAAACCGCGAUGGUUCAUAUGUAUGUUAAAUGUGGUCAGUUGGAAGACGCGUACAAUGUAUUUGUUGGAAUGCCCACGAGGGACAUUGCUUCUUGGAAUGCAAUGCUGUUUGGUUUUGCUCACUGUGGCUUCCUUGAUAGGUUGUCAUGUCUAAUACGUCAGAUGAGGCUUACUGGGAUUCAUCCUGAUUCAGUCACUGUCUUGCUACUGAUUGAUGCUGUUUUGCAUGUGAAAAAUCUCACAUUUUUGAGUGCAACACAUUCUUUUGGGAUUCGAAUUGGAGUUCAUAUGGAUGUUUCUGUGGCUAAUACUUUGAUAUCUGCAUAUGCCAAAUGCGGCGACUUGUGUUCGGCAGAGAUGGUAUUUGAUGAGAUUGACAGUGGUCUGAGGUCUGUUGUCUCCUGGAAUUCUAUGAUUGCUGCAUAUGCAAAUUUUGAAAAGCAUGUCGAGGCUGUUAAUUGUUACAAAGGGAUGCUACAUGGUGGGUUUUCCCCAGACAUUAGCACAAUUCUUAAUUUGCUUUCAUCAUGUGUGCAACCUAAAGCACUAUUUCACGGUUUGCUAGUACAUUCUCAUGGAGUCCAGUUGGGUUGUGAUUCUGAUGUGUGUGUGGUGAAUACUCUUAUUUGUAUCUAUUCCAGGUGUGGGGAUGUUCACUCUGCAAGAUUUUUGUUUGACGGCAUGUCUGGCAGAACUUGUGUUUCAUGGACUGUAAUGAUUAGUGGUUAUGCUGAGAAAGGAUAUAUGAACGAGGCAUUGAUCUUGUUUAAUGCAAUGGAAGCUACUGGUGAGAAACCAGAUUUGGUUACUGUGCUUGCUUUGAUUUCAGGUUGUGGCCAAACAGGGGCACUUGAACUUGGAAAAUGGAUUGAUGAUUACUCUAUUAAUAAAGGGUUUAAAGAUAAUGUUGUGGUUUGCAACGCACUAAUUGACAUGUAUGCCAAGUGUGGAAGUUUUAAUGAUGCUCAGGAGCUUUUCUACACGAUGGCUAACAGAACUGUUGUCUCCUGGACAACCAUGAUUACUGCUUGUGCUUUGAAUGGAGAUGUUAGAGUUGCUCUGAACCUCUUUUUUAUGAUGGUGGACAUGGGAAUGAAACCAAACCGCAUAACGUUUCUUGCUGUUCUCCAAGCUUGUGCACAUGGAGGUUUACUCGAAAGAGGACUGGAGUGCUUCAACAUGAUGACGCAAAAGUAUGGCAUAAGCCCUGGUAUAGACCAUUAUUCAUGUAUGGUUGAUCUUCUUGGUCGUAGAGGACAACUGAGAGAAGCUUUAGAAAUUAUUAAAGGUUUGCCUUUUGAACCUGAUGCUGGCAUAUGGAGUGCAUUGCUCUCUGCUUGCAAACUUCAUGGUAAGAUGGAGAUGGGUAUGUAUGUGUCUGAACGGCUAUUUGAAUUGGAGCCUCAGGUUGCAGUUCCAUAUGUGGAGAUGGCUAACAUAUACGCAUCAUCGGAAAUGUGGGAUGGAGUUGCAGCUAUAAGAAGAAAGAUGAAAUAUCUUCAAUUGAGGAAAUCUCCCGGACAAAGUAUUAUUCAAGUGAACGGGAAAUCUUCUAUAUUUACAGUUGAAGAUAGAGAUCACCCUGAAACCUCGUAUAUAUAUGAUAUGCUAGAUGACUUGACUUCUCAUUCUAAGCUAGGACUACUAGCUUAUUCAGAGGAGAUUUUUCAACAAGAAUGGGAGUGAAGCUAUUUGCAAAGAAAGACUGGGAAUGUAGAGCUGUGUGUAAAUACCGAUUUGGCGGAUUGAUUCGGUGCUAAUUUAAGGUCUUUCUAGUAUUUCAAGUAUGUAUGUGUUCAAGAGAAAAGGAAAAACGGAUCUUGCACGUAAGCUA